AUCUGGAUCUGAUAUUGGCACGCAACAAUUUUGGCGCAGUCGGUAGGAUACACUUUUCAAGGAGGCAACCGUCAAAGGCUAUCAUCAACAAGGAAGACUUGAUCACUUUUCUUUGCUGAUAACUCCAGAAGAGAAAACCAACAACAACGUUGCAGUAUCAGACAAGAUGACAACAUCACAGAACAUGGCAUUAUUAUUGGUGUUGAUGGUUGGAAUAAGCAAGGCUAAUGAAAUAAACUCAUCAGACUAUUAUACAUAUACACCAUAUGAACAAGACAAGGGUUUGCAUUAUGAGAAUUUAGGUCCAAUUAGGAUAAUAGGAGCAGAAUAUAAGCUCAUUACUUACUUUUCAUUAAAAGAAUAUAACGCGAAAUACGAGAUAUUAGGAGAAAAAAUGAAAAACAUAACAAACAUAUGUACUGAUAAAAAUCAUAUAGAUUUAUGCGGAAAAUAUCAAAUAGUAAUAACCGACUUAUACGACGAAAUAACUAAUCAAAAAGAAAGAAUGUAUUUAUCAUUAGGAGGUCAACCUGCUGAUCAAGACACUAAUAAUCAAAGACAAAAGAGGGGAUUGAUAAAUAUUAUAGGUAAUGUUAUGUAUACGUUAUUUGGAGUAUGUGAUGACAAAUGUGUUAAGAAAACCAGAGAAGCAAUUCAAAAAACAGAAGAAACAGGAAAUAAUAUUUUACAUAUAAUGAAAACACAAACAACGGUAGUAAAAACAGUUGUAAAAAAAAUAGCUAAUACAAUCAAUCGUACUGAAGAGUUAUAUAAGGACGUGUCAAACAAAGAACAAAAAUUGCAUAAAAGAUUAUUACAAAUACAAAAUAGAACUGAUGAUGUUUUAGAUUUAUUAAUGGCAGAUGAAGUACAUAAUUUAUAUACAAUACUAACUAAUCAAUAUGCAUUUGAAACUUCAACAUUAGAACAAAUAAUUACAGCUGCAAGAGGAGGAAUAAUACAUCCAAGUCUUAUGACACCACAAGAAAUUGCAGAAAUAUUAAGAGCAGCAAAACAAUAUUUUAGAAAUAAUUUAAACAUUCCUGUAGGAACAAAACCAUCAGAAAUAGGUGAAUUUUCAAAAAUAGCAAAAAUGAGUGUAUAUUAUGAAAACGACAGAUUAGUGUUUAUUACGAAAAUACCAUUAAUUAUGGAUAUUGAAUUUACAUUGUUUAAUGUAAUACCUAUACCUAUGUAUCGUAUGGAAAAAACGAUAGUUGGAUGGUAUGUUACUUCACUUACGUACGAAUAUAUUGCAAUAACGAAAGAUAGGAAAAAAUUUACUACUUAUUUAGACAAACAAAUAAGUGAUUGUACAGAAUUAAAUAUGUAUAAAAUAUGUAAAUUACCACAGCCAAUACAAGAAGCUAAUAGUCAUCAACCAUGUGAAGUACAACUAUUCAAAGGAGCGGAUUCAAUACCGAAUAAAUGUAUACUUAAAAAAUUUACACUGAGUGAAAAUAUAUAUCAUAGACUUAACAAGAAAAAUACAUGGAUACAUGUAGGACAUGAUGUUUUAACAGUAGGAUGUGAUGAUUUAGUAGAACCGUUUAUUCAAGAAAUGAGAAACUCAGGAGAAAUAUCUAUAAUAGAUACAAGUUGUCGAAUAUUUACAAGAGAUGUAGUAUUAAAUGCAAUAGAAGAAGAUAUAGGUAGAAAAUACAAAGAUUUUGUACCUGUAACUAAAAUGAAGAAUUUAUUAGAUAAGAUACCUGAGCACAUACAUAACUAUACAAUAAAUGAGAAAUGGGAUAACGAAACAGAUAUACAAUUAACAGAUCUACAUGGUGUAUCUAAAUCACUCGAUGAGGUACAGCAAAUGAUAGAUAAUGAGAUAAUAAGAGAACAAGCACAAAAACAUCAAUUUAUUCAUUCAAAUUUAUUAUAUGCUACAGUAGGUUUAGCUAUAUUAUGUAUGAUAUUAAUAUUAGCUAUGUAUAUACUAAUAAAAUGUAGGUAUGUUAGCAAUCAUCAUAUAAUAGAACCUAGGAGAAUAGUUAGAUAUAAGAAACCGAUGAGGAAAGGAAAUUAUAGUACAGAAGUUUUCGAAGAUAUACCAUUUGCUGCUCCACCAUCACCGCGUUAAAAAAAAAAAAAAAAAAAUAAUAAGAGUUAGAGUGACAUUUUUUUU